AUGAAAUUAGAAUUAAAAAUAAGUAUAAGAUUUCCAAACUGUCACGAAUUGCGUGAAAAGUGGGCGAAGGCUUUGUUUUCAAACAAUCAAGAAAUUACGCAGUUGCCAAAAACGAGCAGAAUCUGCAAUUUGCAUUUUUCUUCGGACUGCUUUGAACAAAUCGGAUUAUGUUCUAAUCGUUUAAAACCAAAUUCUGUGCCAAGUAUAUUUCCACGCGCUCAAAAUCAAAAUCAAAGCUUGGAAAUAUCCAUAGAAAGUUGUGCUAAGAUCCCAAAAAUCUCGGAACCAUCAACGAAUAUUAUCGAUUUAAACGAUGAAACGACGAAUUCUGAGAAAGAUGUAAACGAAUGCAUAUUGCAAACUCAAAAGAAGUUAGUUCGCUACCCUGGUGAUAUUGACGACAAUAAUCUACAAACAAUGACACCAAGAACAAGUAAACGCAUAAUAAAAAUGUUGAAGCAAAAGUGAAAGGAAAAGGAAAAGGAUAAGAUCAUCAAACGUUGCAGAACUCAACAAAGUCGUCAGAAGAGAAAAAUAGAAUCUUUAUGUCAGUUAUUACUUGAACUAA